AUGUCUGGCAAUGCCUUCGCGCCCAUACGCUUCUCUCGUGUCACCUGCGAACUCGUGCCCCUUGCCUUGUCUGCUCUCCUCCUCGCCUCUCUCACCUCGUCUCCCCAAUGCCUUUUUCCUGUCUGCUACAGACGGCCGCGACGGAAGCAGCCGUUCCCAUACAAGCACCUGCUGCCGCGCGACGGUUACAACUGGGUCAAAUACGGCCAAAAGCAGCUAUCCGGCGGGCUACACAUGAGGCACUAUUUCCACUGCAUGCUCCGAAACACGGACGCGCGCUGUCCCGCUAAGCGCAUCGUCAAUAUGAGCAAGGCCGACAGCAAGGCUCCGCUCAAAAUCGAGUACAUCAACGACCACAACCACCGCCCGCACCUCCGCAGCGCCGCCGGCAGCACCCCUCCUCCACAUCAGCAGCGCGCCAGUAGCAGCGCCGAGAUAUUGCUACAGCCUGUGUCGUCUGGGCGGCAGUUUACCCUCGGCUGUAGCAUUAGCGACGGGCACAUUCGCGGCGCGGCGAUAGGUGGGGUGAAUAUGGAUAGUGGUGAUGCAGAUGCGUUGCUGAAAAACGGCAUAAUAGGCGCGGGCGGGAAUGACGGCGGUUUAGACGCGCUGCGCAUGCUAACGGCUGGCGACGGUAAUGAUUAUGCCGCGAUACGACAAACCCUAGAUGAUGCGAUUCGCAAGGCGGCUGCAAGUCGGGUUCAUCAGCAGAGGGCCGGCAGCAACAGCAGCGGCCACGUCAGCGCGCUCCAGGUCAGCAAGCUACUGCAGAGCCUGGGGCGGCAGGAGAUGGGGCAACAGUUACCUAGCAUUGCUGGCGGCGGCGGCAGUCGAGGGGGCGGCGCUAUUGCCGGCGGCAGCAAUAGCGCGGCUCAACCGUCCCUGUGGCAGCGGCGGGCGGCAGGAGCACAGGCGGGAGGAGCAAUGACGGCGGCGGCGGCGGCCGCAGCAGCAGGGUUCGGUCUAAGCGCUGGCGGCAACCUUCCGCCAACUUCGCUAAUGGCGGACCCGCGUUCCGCGCCUGGCGCCGACUCGCUGAUGGCCUUCGCGGGGCAGCUGUCGGCGCUCUCCGCGCAAGCGCAGGAUGCGCUCGCCGGCGGCAGCAUGGGCGGGAUCAGCGGGAUCUUUGCGGGCGCGGAGGGGAUGGCGGGGUCAGGGGGAGCAGGGGGCGAAGGCGGAGAAGGGGGGAGUGGGGGCGGAGGAGGAGGUGGGAGCGGAGGCCGGGAGGGCGGCGGAGCAGCACCGCAGAGGGGGUCCCUGGCGAAGGCGUCAGGAAGCUUCGAUUUCUCGAUGCAGGAAGAACUAUUGCACUCGUUUCAAUACGAAACUCCCCCUUCCUCCGUGCUCCCCCGUUGGACCCCCUCCGAUCAACCCGUCUGCUCCUCCCCCCUCUUCUCCUCCUCCCCCACCUCCCUUUCUCCUGUGCUCACCCCGUACUCAUCCCCCCACUUCACGCCCCCGCACGCGCUCUCCCCCAUCCCUUCCCCGAAGUCCCCUUACCUCUCUCCCCUCCCGGGUUCCCCCACCGCGGCGAACGCCAAUCUAUCCAUCUUCUCCUCCCAUGCGGCCACCCUCGCUGCCCUCUCGAACCUCCACUGCCAAGCUACCACCUCCCACUCCCCCUCCUUCGCCUCCCCCCGUGCCUCCUCCCAAGACUUCCCCCUCUCCCCCACCGCCUUCCCCUCCCCCCCCGCAUCCGCGCAUGACUUCCCCAUAUCCCGCCCAACCCUCCCCCGGAGCGUCACAGAGGGCGCGUCGAGCCCCUCCCCCCCGCUCAUGCACUCCGCGCCCCCGCCCCCCUCUCUAGCAGAAGCAAUAGCGAUGCUGCAAAUGGCGUCUCUCUCCCCCAACCGCACCUCACCGAGCAGCACCCGCGCUGCUUCCCCGCGCCCCUCCGGCGGGCUCGUCUCCCCUCCGCCUUCAGGCUUCAUCUCCCCCCCGCACUCGGGAUUCGCCACUCCAAAUCACCCCGGAUUGGCGCAGCAGCUGUAUAACCCACAGGCGCAGGGAGGGGGGGGGUUCGGGAAGGACGAGACCAUGGCUCACAAGCUUGGAACCGCACUCAACACCUUAUUCACGCGGAACCUCACGUCCUCCUCGCACACGUCGCAUGUCACGUCGUCCCCUCCCCCCAUCUCCCCUCGAUCCGCGCACAGCCACUCCUCCGCCUCUGCCUCCGCCAGCCCUGCGCUCUUCUCCCCCCGCUUCGCCUCGUCUGCUGCUGCUGCGAGUAGUGCGGGCGGUGGGCAGAGUAUGGAGGGUAUGGGGUAUGAUGCAUUGGCACAGGCGUUUUUGAGUGAAGAUCUGACGCAGCAGUGGCAGCAGCAGCAGCGGCAGCGGCAGCAGCAGCAGCAGCAGCAGCAGCAGCAGCAGCAGCAGCAGCAGCAGCAGCAGCAGCAGCAGCAGCAGCAGCAGCAGCAGCAGCAACAGAUACAGCAGCAAGGGGAGCAGCAGCGGCAGCAGCAGCAGCAGCAGCAAGGGGGAGAGGUUAGUAUACAGGAGUUAAUAGCACAGGCCCAGCAGCAGCUAAAGCAGGAGCAGAGAUCAGAGCAGGAAGGGUGUGGGGAUCCCCUAGAGAAGGAAGGGGAGGAGGAGGGAGUGGGAGCAGAGGAAGCUGAAGAGCAACGGCAUGAGCUACAACCAUGGCAGUCACUAAUUCCUGACGACUGGGGCCUAAUGCAAGAGCAGCUGGAGGAACUAGCAGUGAAGCAGCAGGAGCAGGGGGAGGGGGAGAACGGGCAGGAAGCAGGGGUGGAGCUCCCGUGGAGUACCCUAGACUCAUUCACGCUAGAUGAUAUGCAACUUGUCGCAGACCUCGAUUUCAACUCGCAACACCUGAACCUGCAACACUCAAAUCUGCAGAGCGACCAGCGUGACUCACACCCGCAGGGCACACAGCGAGAUCCGCAUGACUCCACAGCCCCCCAUGAGGGCUCGCUGCUAGCCCAGGAGAUUCUGCUAGCGCAGGCGCAGCUGAUUAGUCAAGCGCGGAAUAAUCAGUCGCACAGUGACGUCUUUGUGGUUGGUGGUGCGUCGCCAGGGCGAGACAGCGGGGUUUUUCCAAAGCAAUCAGGAGAUGUGUCGUCGAGCCCUGUGAUUGGCUCGCCGACCCGCCACAUCAGCAAGAGCCAGUCCGCGUCAGCAGCUGUGGUGCUGGUUGCUGACGAGGCCCCGAAUAAUAUCUUCGCGGGGGCGACACAGGGAAUAGUUUCUGGCCAACUUGCCGCCUUUCCGACAAGCAGAACCGCCCCCGAAUCCGCCCCGAGUGCAAAUACAACCUCCCCUGGUAACACCCCACAGCAGGCCUCCUCCCAACACCUAGUUCUCUCACCAGACCAGCAGCUAGAGGUGGGCUUGGAUCUAUUUGCUGCUGUCUCGGCCGCUUCUGCUUCCGCUUCUGACGCUGCUGCUGCAGCAGAUGGUUUUGCUGAGUAUGGUUUUGGAGCUAGGUCUGCUGGGAAGCGAGAUGAUGCUGCUGCUACGGCAGCGGCGGCGGUGGCGGCGGUUGACAGUUCUGGUGCUGCAUUGGGUAAUACCGGUGAUGCAGGUUGCACUGGUGCUGGUGACGCUGGUUUCACCUGGGCUACACUCCCUACAGGGUUAGAUGAGGAGCAUCAUAUGGUGAUCUGUGAGGAUAGUUCUGGAGCUAUACAAGUAGCCAUGCGCCCACGCUCCCCUAGCGGCAUGUAA